AUGGCCGCAUCUCAGGCGGUCAACUGGCAGUGGGAGAAUGCCGCCGCCGGCUCUGUAGCGGGCCUUGCUACCGUCACGUUUUCACACCCCCUCGAUGUCGUACGCACCAGAUUCCAAGUUAAUGAUGGCCGAAAUCCUCAUGUCCCGAGCUACAAGAACACUCGUCAGGCUCUCUUCACCAUUGCUCGAUCAGAGGGUCUCAGAGGGCUCUAUGCUGGCUUUUAUCCUGCUGUACUCGGCUCAACUAUCUCUUGGGGGUUAUACUUCUACUUCUAUAGCAAAGCUAAACAAAGGUAUUUGAAGAAUAGAGACAAGUUGACCCCAGGUCUUCAUCUAGCUUCAGCUGCAGAAGCAGGAGGUUUGGUAUGUGUUCUUACCAAUCCUGUUUGGCUUGUGAAAACAAGAUUACAACUUCAGACUCCUCAGCACCAAACACGACCAUAUUCUGGUUUCCAUGAUGCUUUAAAAACUGUGGUGAAAGAUGAAGGGUGGAAGGCUUUAUACAAAGGGCUUGUACCUGGUCUUUUUCUGCAAGUCAGUCAUGGGGCUAUUCAGUUUACUGCAUAUGAGGAGCUUCGUAAAGUACUAGUCAACUUUAGGUUUGAACGAAGCGUGCUGAUUUCUGGUAGUGCUGAUCUAUUGACUACGAUUGAUUAUGCAACUUUAGGAGCUUCAUCUAAACUGGCUGCCAUCCUUGUGACAUAUCCAUUCCAGGUCAUUCGUGCACGCUUGCAGCAACGCCCUGGUAUUAAUGGAGUUCCAAGAUAUAUGGAUAGCUGGCAAGUCAUGAAGAGAACUGCUCGGUUAGAGGGUCUAAAUGGUUUCUACAAGGGCAUCACAGCAAAUAUUCUGAAAAAUCUUCCUUCUUCUUCACUGACCUUCGUUGUGUACGAGAAUAUUCUGAACAUGCUGAAAUUAGCAAGGGCUAAGGAGUGACAUGUGUUCUUCCUAGUUCUCAUUUUACUCCAGAGGAUAAUGUAUGAUUUGUGAAUUGAAGAGGUCAUGUGUAUAACAUCACUAAUAGUGUUCCAACAGUUUUGUUCUUCGACACCAACUUUGACAACUAUUAUGCUGUAAACUGGCAGAGGAUGUGGAAAGCAAACAAAUUGCAGAAAGGCUGAUGGCAGUGUUGUUUCCACUACAUUAGGGCUGGUAUCUUUUGUCGAGCUAAUG